AUGAAUCGUUAUGCCAAGAUUGAUAAGCUUGGUGAGGGCACCUACGGUGUGGUCUUCAAAGCCCGGGAUCGCCACGAUGGCUCCAUCGUGGCCCUGAAGCGCAUCAGCCUGGAAAGUGCGGCCGAGGGAGUGCCAAGUAAUGCCGUGCGUGAAAUCUCCCUGCUCAAGUCCCUCCACCACCCGAACAUUGUUCGACUGUAUGACGUCCUGCACAGCGAACACAAGUUGACCAUGGUGUUUGAGUACUGUGAUCAAGACCUGAAAAAGUUUUUGGAUAGCUGCCGAGGCACCCCGGAGCACCACGUCAUUCAAUCAUUCAUGUUUCAGCUUUUGCAAGGUAUUCGCCACUGCCACGAGGAGCGCGUGCUUCAUCGGGACCUCAAGCCACAGAAUCUGCUCAUCAACAAGCGGGGGCAAUUGAAGUUGGCCGACUUUGGCCUGGCUCGCCCGUACGGUGUGCCCGUGCGCUCAUACUCGCAUGAAGUUGUCACUCUGUGGUACCGCGCUCCAGACGUCCUUCUUGGUGCCACGGGCUACGAUACCUCAAUUGACAUGUGGUCGGCGGGUUGUAUCCUCGCGGAAAUGGCCAACAAGGGCUCGCCACUCUUCCCGGGUACGUCGGUGCAAGAUCAGCUCGACCUUAUUUUUCGCGUUCUCGGCACACCCACCAUUGAAUCCUGGCCUGGACUGCACGAGCUGCCCAACUAUUCGGGGCCCUUUCUGCCCCACGUCGACGGCGUGGGCUUGGAGGCCGAGGUGUCCUCCCUCUUUCCCGAGGGCCUAGACCUCUUGCAGCAGCUCCUGCGCUACGUUCCAGAUGAACGCCUGAGCGCCGAUCGUGCCCUACGACACCGCUUCUUCGAUGACAUUCCAGACCAUGUCUUGGAAUUGUGUCGCGUCGAUGCCUAG